CAGAAGAAACAAUGGGCUAAGUGAAAGACCUGAGGCAUGAGCCCACAACUGCCGGCCCUUGCACACAGCCGCCAUGCUCCUACGAGGACUCGCGCAGCCAUGGGGGAGGCUGUGCCGUUGGUCCAACCCGUUUGUGCAGCUGCUCGUCUUGACGGUGGUGACCUUUGUGGUGCUCGCACCCUUGGCUUGCCAGCAGCUCCUCUACUCCUAUUUCUAUGUGCGAAGCUGGUACCUGAGCCCGAUGAGCCAGGAGUUCCUCAAGCAGAGCCGAGAGGACGGCCUGAGCGCCCUCCGUUACUUUGAGAGGCUGCGGACCCCAAAUACAUCCGAACGGUUGGGCGGCGACGCCUUCCACCCGUGGUUGCUGAUCACCAUCAUUACGGUGCAGAGGCACCCCGAAUUCCACUACGUCCUUCAGGUGGCAUCCCGCUUCCAUCGCCUCCUCCAGGAAUGCGGCCCCCCUUGCCGCCACCACCAGAUCUUGCUCUGCAAUGUGGAAAUGAAUCCUGGCAGCCAUUGGGACGCCAGGCUGCUGUCCAGUUUCAUGGCUACGGUGAACCGCUAUGGAGGUCACGAGAAGGUGGAGCUAGCUCUGAACCAGUUCGAAAAGGAAAAGCAGGAUUAUACCUACUGCCUCAAGAAGUCGCUGCAGGCCUACAACCCGGAGUAUGUGCUGAUGGUGGAAGAUGACACUGUCCCCGAGGAAGAGAUCUUUCCAGUCUUGCAUCACCUCUUGCAGAUGCGAUUCUCAAAGGCACACUUGCAAGACGCACUUUAUGUGAAGCUCUACCAUCCAGAGAGGCUGCAGCGUUAUAUCAACCCAGAACCCAUGAGGAUCCUCGAGUGGUGUGGAAUAGGCAUGUUUCUGGGUUCCCUGUUGGGCUGCAUCUAUGCCUGGGCCUCCAGCCGCUCCGGCCUCAGUUGGCCUAUUGUGCUCUUUUUCGCCCUGUAUAGCAUGCUGCUGGUGGAACUGGUGGGGCGCCACUACUUUCUGGAAUUUCGCCGCCUGGCCCCUUCGCUCUACAGCAUAGUGCCCGUCACGGAAUGCUGUACCCCCGCUAUGCUGUUCUCUGCCUCUUCUGCCCGCCGUGCCUUGGGUUACCUGAAGGAACUCCGCUGCCGACCGGGCUUUGCCAAAGAUACUGCCCUUUACGCGCUCUUGCGCAUGAAGGGCGAACGGGCAUUUGUGGUGGAGCCCAAUCUGGUCCGGCACGUGGGGAUGUUUUCUAGCCUCAGGAGAAACGACAGCCCCAAACUGCUCUGAUGCUGCAA